GCGGGCUGGGCUCGGCCCCUGGGCCGGGCCGGGCCUCCGCCGGGCGGGCGGACAGUGCCACGCAGCCGCCUCGGGAGCGGGCGCCGCCGGCAUGGGCCGCGGGCUGGGCCUGCUGCUCCUGUCGCAGGCGCUGGGCCUGCUGGCGGCCGCGGCGCGGGGCGAGGGCGGCGGGGCCGCCGCGGCGGAGGAGGUGAGGAUAGAGGUGCUGCACGUCCCCGAGCAGUGCGGCCCGCGGAGCAAGAAGGGCGACCUGCUGAACGCGCACUACGACGGGUACCUGGCCAGCGACGGCUCCAGGUUCUACUGCAGUCGGACGCAAAAUGAAGGUCACCCAAAAUGGUUCGUUCUGGGUGUUGGACAAGUCAUAAAAGGGUUAGAUAUUGCUAUGAUGAAUAUGUGUCCUGGAGAAAAACGGAAGGUGACCAUUCCUCCAUCAUUAGCAUAUGGACAGCAAGGAUACGCACAGGGCAAGAUUCCACCCAAUGCAACAUUGAUCUUUGAGAUUGAACUUUAUGCAGUAAAUAAGGGACCACGCAGUGUUGAAGCAUUUAAUCAAAUAGACAAGGACAGUGACAAGAAGCUCUCUCAACUUGAGAUAAGCCAGUAUUUGAAGGAAGAAUUUGCAAGAGAUGGCAAAAAACGUCAUCCCUCAGUCCAUGAUGAAAUCUUAGCUGAUAUAUUCAAGAAGAAUGACCAUGAUGGAGAUGGUUUCAUAUCAGCAAAAGAGUACAAUGUCUAUCAGCAUGAUGAACUCUAAGUACUUAAAAAAUUUCUGGCUUUUUUCUGGACAUUGAAUUUAAAUAAUUUGCAAAAUAAUUCUUUGUCACAGAAUUUUUUAUGUUUUUACAGCAUCUUUUUAUAUCUAUUAAGGUGAUUGUAAAAAUCUUGUUUUUAACACUUUAUUAGUCAAACGUGUGAUAAAUUUUAAAACAGAAAUAAGUAAAAUUGGAAAACAGUAUGAUCUAUUGCUAGUUUUUUGCCAUGUCCUAAUCUACAGUAUUGCUCAGUGGCCUUCCUCAUUGGGUAAAUCACUGAUCAAAAUAGUUACUUCUGCCCUAUCAGGCACAAAAAAAUGGUUCCGAUACCUGUUGACAGAAGUAUUCAUCGGUUCCAAGUCACCUGUAGAACAAAACAGGAAAACAAAAUCUCAGGAGGGAAAGUUUAUUAAAACUCUGUAGGGUUUCUGCUGGCUUUUAGGCCUGCUUCUCUAGGAAUUACCAUGUACUAUUUUGGAGAAUUAUGCAUCAAAUUUAACUAUUAAAAGUCUUGGAAUAAAUGAAUGCUAUCUAUAGAAUUUAAAGAGAAAAAUAGGUUUUUAAGGGAACAUAAAAUAACCUCUGUGGUGUAAUACUAAGUUGAAUAAUUUGGUGUUCAUGAAAACUCAGUAUUGUAAGUGAAUUUUUAAACUUUAACCUUAAUAAAAGUGAUAAUAAAAUCAGCCAGUUCUUUCAAAAGCACAAAGUUCAA